GACUACCAGUUGUUUCUACCUUCAGCAUCUCCUGCUUCCGCUGCCCUCUCGGGGUCACAAUAACAAAGAGUGCGGAGCCCACGCCAGCCCCUGCGCCCAGCACUGCGACCGUGAUCAGCAUUUUCCUCAAGGACUGCAUGGCCGCCUGCGCAGCCAGCGGGGUGCCCGCCAGAGUCCCCAGCAGCUGCGAGCCGCCGCCGCGCCGUCUCACUGCCCGCCUGCGCAGGCUAGAGCGCCCGAUAGCGGAAACCAUAGAGAAGCGGCGGGAUAGAGAGGACCUGCUCAAGGAAACAUUUAGAAUCCGGAGCGCCUGGGUCUCAGGUUUAGCUGAGGGCGUUGAGGAUGUGAAGAGGUGCUGGCACCAACGGCUGAGCGCGGGGACCUUGUGUCCUCAAUUUCAGAGUAGGAUUGCUAGGGGAAGAGUGCGUGUCUUCAUGGUUGCUGUGGGUUUUAUGAUUGUCCACUUUUGUGUCUUCCGAAGUUUCCCAUCAGUAGAGGGCCGAGCUGUGCUCUGGUUUUCUGCAGUCACCCGCGUAUUUUCAACACGGCGCGUGGAGGUUAUCCACACACAAACACAUGUCAAUCUAUUACCCUCUCCAUCCCCUCAACUCUGGAAUAAACACUCAAAGUCAAGUGUACUGGUUGGAGAAACAGGGAGCAGCGAGGAGGAUGGGCUUUGGAAUAGAAAUAGCCUAGGUUCCUCCCAGCAUCCAGAAAGUCCCAGGCUGCCCAACCCUCUCGGGGACAGAGGAGAGAUUGGCAAGGCUGAAGGUCACCAGGAUAUUCAGGUUUUCUCUCAAAAGUCCCACCUGCCAUCUAUUGUGGUGGGAGCCUCUGAGGUGAAUGAAGUGAGUGGGGAUCUCCACUGGCCCCAUGAGGAGCUGCUGCUGCUCACUGAUGGUGAGGAAGAGGAGGUGGAGGCCUUUUUCCAAGACCAAAUUCAAGAGCCAGGCUGGGUUUGGAGCCCACAGGAUGCUAGAUCUCCUUUAAGAACAUUUAGUGCUGGACUCAGCUGGGGGCAGGACCAGGAUGAGGAAGAUGCUUGUUGGAUUCCUGAGGACACAGAGUGUCAGGAAGCCACCAACCACGGUCCUUUCUGGGACUCGGCAACAGGGUCCCGGGUUUGCAGAAGCAGCUUUGUGGAAUAUUCCCAUCUCCUGCCUCCCAGUAGCUUUGAGGGAGCUGAAGAAGAAGUUGUUCAAACGCCGGCGGGUGUUGAAUCGGGAGCGGCGUCUGAGGCACCGGGUGAUCGGGGCUGUGAUAGACCAAGGGCUGAUCACGAGGCACCACCUCAAGAAGCGAGCGUCCAGUGCACGUGCCAAUAUUACUCUGUCCGGGAAGAAGCGCAGAAAACUCCUGCAGCAGAUCCGGCUUGCCCAGAAAGACAAGGCAGCCAUGGAAGUGGAAGCCCCUACAAAGCCAGCCAGGACUAGUGAACCACAGCUCAAAAGGCAAAAGAAGACGAAAGCCCCUCAGGAUGUAGAAAUGAAGGACCUUGAAGAUAAGAGCUAAACCUCUUCCACUAGAAGAUUCUCAACUGGAGCCAGCCUUCAGACUCGGUGGCUGUUUCAGAGCACUUUGAUAAAAGCAGUGCUCCUUUUCACUCUCCAGAUUUCUUCCUCCCUAAUGGCCUACUGACCUCCCCUAGAGGGAUGUCUUUGGGAGGGAAGAAAGUUGAGAAAGAUUGGAGAAGGGCCUCUGCAGCAGUCAACUUCAUUUGUAAUAAAGCCCUAGCACUCUGA